AUUAUAAUUGCUGUACUUCCUAAAUCUUUUAAUAUCUAGGCAAACAGAAAUCCAUAUUCAGUGUAUUGGGAAAAAAAAUUGUUUUGGUUCUUUACGAUUGAAUAAUUCUAUUAAAUUGUUUAUUGCAGCUUUCAAUUUAGUUACUGUAACUUGUAAGUGUUGGGCAUUCAUUCUCAUUUCCCUGGAAAAAUUUGGUCCUUUGAUUGCGAUGGAUUCAAAGACUGAUUCAGUUCUUGAAGCGCCGCCAGAAACGGCGGCGAUGGAUAAGUCUCAAGCGGAGAGCUUGAACCAAGGCGUGGAUGAAUUGUUCAUAAAAGUUGACCAGCUUGACCAUAAACUCAAUGAGAUUGAGCGAUUCUACUCGAGUUCAAAUACGAAGCUCCCGAACACUCCAAGAGGUGGUUCUUUAGUGAAGGACAAAGAAAGGGAGAAAUUCUCUGCGGGCAGUUUUAAGAAGAAGCAGCAAGAUAUAGCAAGUAGGGAAGCAGCUGCUGCUCAGAGAAUGCAGGAGCUUAUGCGCCAGUUUGGGACGAUGUUGCGCCAGUUAACUCAACACCAGUGGGCGGGACCAUUCUUGCAGCCUGUGGAUGUAGUAGGUCUUGGUUUGCAUGACUACUAUGAGGUUAUAGAGAAACCCAUGGAUUUCAGCACCAUCAAAUGCAGAAUGGAGGCCAAAGAUGGUACUGGAUAUAAAAAUGUCCGAGAAAUAUGCGCUGACGUGAGGCUGAUAUUCAAGAAUGCAAUGAAAUAUAACGAAGAAAGAGAUGAUGUUCAUGUUAUGGCCAAAACUUUGUUGGACAAGUUUGAGACAAAAUGGUUGCAACUUCUGCCAAAAGUUGAUGAAGAGAUCUGUUUAAAGGAAGAAAGGCGGAAAGAAGAAGAAGCUGAGAUGCAACUAGAUGUGCAUCUUGCACAAGAAGCUGCUCACGCCAAAAUGGCCAGAGAAUUAUGUUUAGAACUAGAUGAGGUUGACACACAUAUCGAGGAACUCAAAGAUUUGGUACUUCAGAAAUGCAGAAAGAUGACAACUGAAGAGAAGAAACGACUUGGGACUGCCAUCACUCGUCUAUCUCCUGAGGACAUUAAUAAGGCUUUAGAAAUAAUUUCCCAGAACGACCCCACGUUUCAAGCAUCAGGAGAUACUGUGGAAGUUGACAUUGACGCACAGAGUGAAUCCACCUUGUGGAGAUUGAGGUUUUUCGUCAAAGACACAUUGCAGUUGCAGAUGAAGAGUUCAACGAGCACUGGAGGGAACAACAACGGUGACAACAAUCAGAACUGCAACAACAAACGAAAGCGAGAUAUACCCGAAAGCCUAGCUAAAACUGCACCAAAAAAGAGCAAAAAGCCCCACAGCUGAGGAUGGCAUGCAAUUUUGCAUCAAGAGUUCUAUGUAUAUGAUGAAUCUCUCAUUGUAUAGGUGGCUUCCUAGUUGUUUCAGACUAGAUAAAGAUAUUGCUUUUUUGUUGGUGGCCAAUAAAUGGCAGGAGAAAAAAAGAGUGUAGAUAGGUUUCUUUGGAGUAUUACUAUGACUUAUGGUAAAAAAGUGAUUCUGUAUUCCAAUUUUUAUACUAUGAAAGAUAUUGGUGAUGCAAAUGUUAUUUUUGGUAUUACAUUGCUGAAAA